GAGGGACAGACCGGGACUGUUCGGCCGCGGAGAGGACAGCGAUGGCAGGCCUGCGUGUCUGUGUGUCCGAUUUUGAGGAGGAAGCUAAGCGGGUUCUUCCCAAAGCUGUGUAUGACUACUACCGCUCCGGAGCUGAUGAGCAAAACACACUGGCUGACAAUGUCGCUGCCUUUAAGAGGUGGCUCCUCGUUCCCCGGGUGUUGAGGAAUGUGUCCACAGUGGACCUUGCCCUCCUGGGCACUGGUGAGGAUGCUCUCCAGGCUGUGAACUACGGAGCCGAUGGCAUCCUGGUGUCCAAUCACGGAGCUCGACAGCUGGACGGGGUUCCUGCCACGAUAGACGUGCUGGAGGAGGUAGUGAGGGCAGUGCAGAGUCGCUGUGACGUCUUCAUGGACGGAGGAGUGCGGCGAGGGACGGACGUCCUCAAGGCUUUAGCUCUGGGAGCGAAGGCGGUCUUCGUCGGCCGACCGGUGCUGUGGGGUCUCGCCUGUCAGGGGGAACAGGGAGUCAUACAGGUUCUGGAACUUCUAAAAGAGGAACUGCAUCUGGCUAUGGCCCUGUCAGGUUGUCGUUCUGUUUCGGAGGUGAACAGGUCUCUGGUCCGGAGGGUGGACUUCACCUCCAGGAUGUGAGAGAAGAAUCUGCUGCAGGAAUCACCAGACCACAUAUUGUCGUUGGUUCAUUGGACAUUCGUUAGUCAAAUGAUUUUAAUAUAAUUUUUAAUAUUCCUUGAAAAUGUUUUACCUGAAAAUAACACAUCAUCCAAUCUCAUGGAAGGCUGGCCGGGGUCUUGGAGUAAGGGAACCUAACCUAAGUGAACCUG